AUGAGUAAUGGCAACUAUGAAAAGAAAAUAAUGUCUAUCAUUGAAGAAGAUGAUGCAGAUCUCUUAAAAAAGCAUAUUCGUGUCCCUGUUAAUGAAUCAGAAUCAUUUCUUUUCCUAGAUAAUAGAAAAAUUCAAUUUCAUUUUCAUGCUGCAAAGUAUAACGCGUUUGAAUGUUUCAUAUACUUCAUCGAGAUAUGUAAAUUCGAUUUUGACAAAGCAGACGAGUUCAACAUAAAACCAAUACACGUUGCUGCAAGAUAUGGAUCAACUGAAAUUGUAUCAUACUUAUUAUCAAAAUAUCAAUCUACAGGCAAACUUAAAGCACUCUUCGAAGAAGAAUACAAAACUUCAGCAGAUUCUGAGAAGAAAAUUCUUUAUGCUGCAUCAUUUAGUGGAAUAUCAGAUACAUUCAAACUUUUCUCUCUAUAUGGCUUUGAAUACAAUAGAUUCCAGAAAGCGAAUAAAAACGCUAUUACACAAAUUUGCAAGAAACUAUUGAUUUGUGGCGAUUCAGUUGUGAAAGCACUCAUUUACUUCAUCAACUGUAUUGGAGAAGUUGAUAAAAACUCUGAUAACUCUCCAUUAAUUAUUGGAAUUAUAAACAGAUUAGAUAUUGAUACGAUCAAGCUACUUAUGAAGUAUUCUGAUAUCAAUUACUACACAUCUGAAGGAAAGAAUGCAUUCACAUCUGCAUGUUACACUGUUCAGCCAGAAAUCACAAGAAUACUCAUUAGAAAGAUCAAAUACAUCAACCCUCCGAAAGGUACGACAACAACUGCUGCUGCACCAUAUUAUUCGUCUUUCCAAAGCAUUUGCAUGCUUAAAGACCCUGAAACAACAAAAAUUGCUUUCGAGAGGUUUAAUAAAGAACUGAGAGACUCAUUCUUUACACCAAGUCCUCAACAGUCAUACCCAAUAGGUGAAAUAUUGAGUGAUUUAAAGUUUAAUAAGGUUAUCAUUGAUUUUAUUGAUAUUCUUUUGAAGAAUGGUUAUCCUCUAGAGUCUCCACAAGAUAACACAUCAAUACCUUCUCUCUUGAUGGUUUUCUUAAACUCACCUUUCCCGAACGCAGAUGUUUUCGAAUACCUCCUCCUGAAGGGUGCAAAUCCAAAUGUAAGAUUGAAUUUUGCAAACAAGAAUCAAACGAUUACCGAAUAUUUACGUAAUACUUACAACUUACAAUUCCAUAAUCUAUAUUUAAAGUACAAAGACACUCUUUUGAAAGAAAAACCUGAUAGUGAUUAA